AUGGCGGCUGCGGCGGCGGCUGACUCAUUUUCUGGCGGCGGCUCGGGGGCCGUGAGGCUGCCGCGGUCGCCGCCGUUCAAGGUGCUAGCGGAGCAGCUGCGGCGCGACGCGGAGGGCGGCCCGGACAGAGUGACGCCCCUGAGGGCCUGGCCCCUGGUCUUCGGUGUUCGCCUCACCGGCUUCUCUUCUUCCCUAGGAAAGUAUGUGAUGGUCAUGGGGGUGGUCCAGGCAUGCAGCCCUGAGCCCUGCCUGCAGGCCGUGAAGAUGACGGAGCUGUCCGACAACCCGGUCCACGAGAGCAUGUGGGGCCUGGAGGUGGAGGAUCUGCACAGGAACACUCCCUAGGCCGCGCUGGCGCCCUCGGGAGCAGCCGGCGCCUGAUGGUCUUUGCCCCGCGUGGACGCUGCUCGGCGGAUAUUUCUCAGAAGUUUGCCGAGAGCAGAGCUUUGCUGGGCUGACCCAGGAGCCGUGGCGGGCUUCUCCAGCCGGGGCAGUUCGGUUAGCUCGGCCUCGCUGCCCUUUGCUUUGCCGACUGCCUGCAGAUGGGAAGCACAUGUUUUGUUCUCGCUCCUCCUCCUCCCUCUUGUUUUUUUGUUUCGUUUAUGUGUGUUGAUUCUCGCCAGCUAGGACAGGAGUCUGAAGCCGCAUUGUCCAGCCGACAGCCGUGGUACUUUAAGGUUGUAGCCGGAUUGGAGCCUCAGGCAAGCCAGGGCCACCCCAUGGCCAGGGCAGGAAAGCAAAGGGCGGGGAAGCAUUGACCUCCACUCCGCACCUGCUCGGCCCACAGCCUCCGCGUCCAGUUUGCAGGGCGAGGGGCCUCCGCCAGCUGCGGCACCACCGUGUCAGCGGCAGCCAUUGCUUCAGCCGCCGGAGCCGUGGUCACGGCCCCGCCUCCCGUGGGAGGCGCCCUGCCGGCCCCCACCCCCCCUGCAGACGGUCACACACUUUCCAAAUCCGUGUUGAAAUGAAAAUCGAGCUUGAGCGCGACUUUCAGGCGCUGGCUUCACUCAACCUCUGGCUGUUGGUGAGACCGCCGUGGGCGGGGGCACCCUCUCGGGUGAGACUUCUGCUCGGUGCGAGUGACGAACGUGAGUGGGCGUCAGGCUUCUGCCGCGGCUUCUGACGGCCUCCUGCGUUCCCACAGAUGGCAACCGCCAGGGGAGUCGGGGCUGGUCCUACCGUGCUGUCGCGUUUGCUGGACUGUUCUGCUUCGAAUAAAUCAUUAC